CCUGUGUAUCUAUAAAUGUGAAGAAUUCCUGUGGAAAAAAAACUGCCGAAAUGUCCAAGGUGCGUGAAACUGAAACUUCUGAAGAUAGGGUGGUCGCGAUCAUGUCCAAGUUGCCGCCCAAGUCUCUGAUGCGAUUCAAAUGCAUACGCAAGUCUUGGUGCACUCUCAUCAACAGUCCAAGUUUUGUGGCCAAACACCUUAGCAAUGCUGUGGACAACAAAUUCUCAUCCUAUACUUCUAUCCUCCUCAACCGUUCUCAGGUUCACGUUUUCCCGGACAAGAGUUGGAAACAUGAAGUUUUAUGGUCCAUGAUUAAUUUUUUUAAUGAUAGAGUUGCAUGCACCCUUUAUUAUGGUGUUGAGGACCUAAAUAUACCGUUUCCAAGGGAUGACCAUCAACAUGUACUGAUUCAUGGUUAUUGCAAUGGAAUUGUCUGUGUAAUAUCAGGGAAAAAUAUUCUUUUAUGCAAUCCUGCAACGAGGGGAUUCAGGCAACUUCCUGAUUCAUUCCUUCUCCUACCUUCCCCUCUCGGCGGAAAAUUCGAAUUGGAGACCGAUUUUGGAGGAUUGGGAUUUGGCUAUGAUUGCAAAGCUAAAGAUUACAAGGUUGUGCGAAUUAUAGAAAAUUGUGAGUAUUCAGAUGAUGAGCGAACAUAUUAUCUUCGUAUUCCUCUGCCUCACACGGCUGAGGUAUACACCAUGGCUACUAACUCUUGGAAAGAGAUCAAGAUUGAUAUAUCAAGUAAAACUUAUCCCUGUUCUUGUUCAGUGUACUUGAAGGGAUUUUGUUAUUGGUUUACAAGGGAUGGUGAGGAAUUCAUACUUUCAUUUGAUUUAGGCAAUGAGAUAUUUCAUAGAAUACAAUUGCCUUCUAGGAGAGAAUCCGGUUUUGAGUUUUAUUAUAUUUUUUUGUGUAAUGAAUCCAUUGCUUCUUUUUGCUCUCUUUAUGAUCGAAGUGAAGAUUCUAAAUCAUGUGAAAUAUGGGUAAUGGACGAUUAUGAUGCAGUCAAGAGUUCAUGGACAAAACUCCUAGUCGCUGGACCCUUUAAAGGCAUUGAGAAGCCAUUGACACUUUGGAAAUGUGACGAGCUUCUUAUGAUUGACACCGAUGGAAGAGUCAUCUCUUAUAAUUCUGGCAUUGGAUAUCUCACCUAUCUUCAUAUUCCUCCGAUUAUCAAUAGGGUCAUAGAUUCUCAAGCUCUUAUUUAUGUAGAAAGUAUUGUUCCAGUCAAGUGA